CGGCAGCGGCGGCAGCAGCGGUGCCGGAGGCGCAGAGGGCGGCGCAGGCGGAGCCGGGCGGGCGGGCGCACGAGCGAGCCAGCGGGCAGCCGGGCCGGCGGACGAGCGGCGGCGGCGGCACCGGCACCCCAGGCCGAGCCGGCGCGGGAGGAGUUCCAGGGCGAUGGGGCCGCGGCCGGGGCUGACGCUUUGACAGCUGGAAAGAGCGCGGAGCCAGCGCCUGGGGGGGAGGGAGGGGAGCGCGGCUAGGAGAGCGCGAGCGAGCGAGCGGGCGAGCGCCGGGGAGGGGGCCGGGAGCGAGGGGCAGCUCGGGUGCAGCCGGAGCGGUAGCGGCGGCGGCGAGGCUCGGCGCCCUCUUCUCUGCAAACCAUGUUUGCCAAAGGCAAAGGCUCGGCGGUGCCCUCGGACGGGCAGGCUCGGGAAAAGUUAGCUUUAUACGUCUACGAAUAUUUACUGCACGUAGGAGCACAGAAAUCUGCACAGACCUUCUUGUCAGAGAUUCGAUGGGAAAAAAACAUCACGUUGGGAGAACCGCCUGGGUUUUUGCACUCGUGGUGGUGCGUAUUUUGGGACCUUUACUGUGCAGCUCCUGAAAGGCGAGACACUUGUGAACAUUCAAGUGAAGCAAAAGCCUUUCAUGAUUACAGUGCAGCAGCCGCCCCGAGCCCAGUGCUUGGCAACAUUCCCCCCAACGAUGGGAUGCCCGGAGGCCCCAUCCCGCCGGGUUUCUUCCAGGGUCCUCCGGGGUCACAGCCCUCGCCGCACGCACAGCCUCCACCCCACAAUCCCAGCAGCAUGAUGGGACCCCACAGUCAGCCUUUUAUGUCACCGAGAUACGCAGGCGGCCCCAGGCCCCCGAUCAGAAUGGGAAACCAGCCUCCGGGAGGAGUUCCUGGGACCCAGCCACUGCUGCCCAAUUCCAUGGACCCCACACGACAACAAGGGCACCCCAACAUGGGAGGAUCAAUGCAGAGAAUGAACCCUCCCCGAGGCAUGGGACCCAUGGGCCCCGGCCCACAGAAUUACGGCAGCGGCAUGAGACCACCACCCAACUCCCUCGGCCCCGCCAUGCCCGGGAUUAACAUGGGCCCGGGAGCUGGCAGACCCUGGCCCAAUCCUAACAGUGCGAACUCAAUUCCAUACUCCUCCUCAUCACCCGGUACCUACGUGGGACCCCCUGGCGGUGGUGGCCCCCCAGGAACACCCAUCAUGCCUAGUCCUGCAGACUCAACAAAUUCCAGUGACAACAUCUACACAAUGAUUAAUCCGGUGCCGCCUGGAGGCAGCCGGGCCAACUUUCCGAUGGGUCCAGGCUCAGAAGGCCCGAUGGGAGGCAUGGGCGGCAUGGAGCCACACCACAUGAACGGAUCCUUAGGGUCAGGUGACAUAGAUGGACUUCCAAAAAAUUCUCCCAACAACAUAAGUGGCAUUAGCAACCCUCCAGGCACCCCUCGAGACGACGGUGAGCUCGGAGGGAACUUCCUCCACUCCUUCCAGAACGACAAUUAUUCUCCAAGCAUGACGAUGAGUGUGUGAUUCCCCCUCCUCUUCUCCGAUGCUGAGAGAGCCGGCAUUGCAGGCGGGAAGAUGCCAGACAUUAUGCAGGAAGAAGUGAGGUGUCAUUACCCAGGAGCUGGGGGAGGGGCGUCUCCCGCUCCCCCUCCGCCCUGCCCUCCUCUCCACUCCCCCACCUUUCCCAAUUUUAGUUUCAUGCAAUAAAAAGGCCGAACUUUUUAUUCCAUAAAACAUGAAGGACAAAACUCAAAAUAAAAAUAUAUUUCAAGCCAAUGACCAGAAAAAUCCCACCCCCUACCCUUUCCCAAAAGGAUCUUUUAUGUACAUGACACUUUUUUGUUGUUUUUUGUUUGGGGUUUUACCGUUGUUGGGAUUUUUUUAUUUUCAGGGGUGGGGUUUGAGGGGGAAUUUCUUUUUUAAAGGAAGCUUCUUGCAAGCCCCCAGCCCAUUUAACCCCUACCAACUUUGUUUUCUUCUUUAAAAAAAAAAAGGAAAAAGGACACAAAAAAGAACACACCAACAAGCCCUGCUGUCUGUACCCAAGCCCUUUCACCAGGAAACCUAGUCUAGGGUCGUGAGGUCUCACGCUGUCUUUGUAGCCACCUAAAGAUAAUAAUAAUAAUAAACUGGGCAGUUUACAACCA